UUCUAUUCCAUUCCAUUCCACUCCAUGGCGGAUAAGCUAUCCCUCUCCGUCCCCGUCCCACUCCGACUGCCCGCCCCUCCGCCUUCCAACCCUAAACCACUCUUCCCCUCUUCCCUUCCUCCUCCCCCGACUUCCCCCCUCACUCCUCUUCUCCAUCAACACCUCCUCCAUCCCCAAACCCCAAACCCUAACCCCAACCCCUCUACUGCCCUCCGCCACCCUCGCCUCGCCUCCUCCCGCAAACCUCGCCUCGGCAAGUCCCACGAUCCCAACCGCGGCCUCCCGUGGUCCGUACACCCGAACUCCUCUCAACGCACCCACCGCAUCCUCCACUCCCUCCUCCACUCGCCCUCCCACCCGCUCCCCGACCUCGAUGACCUCCUUCGCCCCCUCUCCCCCUCCCUUGAUCCAGACUCCCCUCUCCAUCCCUUCCUCACUGAUCUCCUCGCCCUCAUUGAGGGCCUCGAUUUCCAUCGCCACACCGACACUGCCCUCGCUGUCUUUGACUGGGCUCGCCGUAAGCUCGGUGACCGCCGCCUCUUCUCCUUUUCUUUGUCUGGGAGUACUGGUAGCCCCCUGUUCCCUGUCGUCAUCUCCAUCCUUGGGCGCCAGAACCGCCUCGAUGAUGCCGCCGCCCUUCUCCAGAGCCUCCGGGAACACGGCUCCUCAUCCGACGUCUUCACCUUCACCUCGCUGAUCACUGCCUAUGCCCGCAAGGCAAGGUACCGCGAAGCGCUCGCUGUUUACACCUACAUGCAGGCCGAUGGCUGCAAGCCCACCAUCGUCACCUACAACGUCGUCCUCAACGUGUACAGCAACCUGUUCGUGCCGUGGUCCAAGGUCACUGCGUUAGUAGAUGCCAUGAUAGACGAUGGGAUUUCGCCAGAUAGGUACACCUAUAACACUCUCAUCAGCUGCUGCCGUCGUGGGUCUCUAUACGAGGAGGCAACCGAGAUUGUUAGAGAGAUGAAAGCCAGAGGCGUGGCUCCAGAUAAUGUCACCUACAACGCUCUCCUUGACGUCUAUGGGAAGUCACGGAAACAUUCAGAGGCAUUGGGUGUGCUUCAGGAGAUGGAAGCGAAUGGAUUCUGCCCCAGCAUCGUUACCUAUAACUCUCUGAUCUCUUCAUUCGCAAAAGAUGGAAUCUUGGACAAAGCAAUGGAUCUCAAGGAGAAGAUGGAAGCUAAAGGGAUAAAACCUGAUGUUUUCACCUACACAACUUUAAUUUCUGGGUUUGAGAAAGCCGGUAAGGAUGAGCUUGCGUUAAGGAUGUUCGAAGAAAUGGAGAGCAAGGGCUGCAAGCCAAACUUGUGCACCUUCAAUGCUCUAAUAAAGAUGCAUGGUAAUCGAGGGAGAUUCACGGAGAUGAUGAGGGUCUUUGAGGAGAUGAGAUCCAGCAUGCUUAAGCCAGAUAUUGUAACUUGGAACUCACUGAUGGCAGUCUUUGGACAAAAUGGCAUGGACUCUGAGGUCUCUGGAAUUUUCAAGGAGAUGAAAAAAGCAGGUUUUGUCCCUGAGAGGGACACAUACAACACCUUGAUCAGUGCUUACAGUCGCUGUGGCUCAUUUGACCAAGCUAUAGAGAUCUAUAAAAGGAUGGUUGCAGCUGGGAUUGGACCUGAUCUUUCAACUUACAAUGCUAUACUAGCUGCACUUGCUCGAGGAGGGCUUUGGGAACAAGCAGAAAAGAUGCUUGCAGAGAUGAAGGAUGGGCGUUGCAAGCCUAAUGAACUCACAUAUUGUUCAUUGCUCCAUGCUUAUGCCAAUGGGAAAGCAAUAAAUCGAAUGCGUGCUUUAUCAGAAGACAUAUAUUCAAGGAAGAUUAUUCUGCCAGAUAACAUACUCUUAAAAACACUGGUUUUGGUAAACAGCAAGAGUCAUCUUCUAGUAGAAACAGAGCGAGCUUUUGCAGAGCUGAAGAAGAGAGGAUGUUCUCCUGAUAUUACCACAUUGAAUGCCAUGGUCUCAAUCUAUGGGAAAAGGCAAAUGGUUUCAAAAGUAGAUGAGAUACUCAAAUACAUGAGAGCCAGUGGUGUUACCCCAAGUUUGACAACCUACAAUAGUUUGAUUAACAUGUGCAGCAAGCUAGGAGACUGUGAGAGAAGUGAAAAAAUUCUUAAUGAAAUCAAGAUGAAAGUUGGACGACCUGAUCUUUAUUCUUAUAACACUGUCAUUUAUGCUUAUGGCAGGCAAGGCCGCAUGAAAGAUGCAUCAAGGAUAUUCACACAAUUGCAGGCUUCUGGUCUGAGGCCUGACAUUGUAACUUACAAUACCUUUGUUACAAGUUAUGUAGCCAACUCAAUGUUUGUAGAAGCUAUUGAUCUAGUUCGUUACAUGAUGAAGAGUGAUUGCAAACCAAACGAGAAUACCUACAAUUCUAUUAUAGAUGGGUACUGCAAGCAGGGUCAGAAGGAUGAAGCAUGUGCUUUCAUAUCCAAACUUCAGCAAAUUAGUGGAAUCUCUAAAGAUGAGCAACAAAGGUUAUUGGAAAGAAUUGCAAAACAUACUUCGUAAAUCUGGAGGAAAUAUAGGAUUGAACGAAGCAGAGUCAAUUUCUCUAAUGUUUCAGCAUUUGGAAAUCAAGAUGACCUAUCUCAGUUAUCUUCAACUUACUAGCUUCUUUAUUCCUGUGGAGAAUUUUUUGUGUAAUUAACCAAGUGCCGUUUUGUUCUAUGAAGAAUGAAUCCUGAAUCUAGGGCAUUUCCAGUGUUAAUACAAAGUCAUCCUCUGUAAGCUAUAUUUCUUACGUCUCUUUAUUAUUUGAGGCCAUUUUUAACACUCCUUACUCCAAGUUUGUAUACUGAAUGAUAUGGGUAUAUUGAAAUGUAAACUUUUCACAAACUACCAAUUUAGUGUUUUUUUUCCUUGUA